AUGAAUUUUAUGAAGAAUCAACAGCCCAACCGUAUGGGUGAUGAAUUUUUGAAUGAUUGUUUGGUAACAUACAUAGAGAGUGAUAUAUUUGAUAGUGUUGAAAAUGAAAAAAAUUUACAACACUUUCAAAAUAUGAAGACACGUAGAGAGCAAUUAUAA